CUCGAAAGUCUCAGAUCCACUCCAUCUGCAAUGGUCUCUCUCUCAAUUUUAGCUUUGUGAAUUCUUCAGAGAAACCCUAACUUCCCCUUUCUGAUCCAAAUUCACUUUCUCUCUCCAUACACGCAUACAUCCACAGUACAUAUUUUUUGCGUGAAAUCGAAGAUGUACAUGGCAUACGGAUGGCCGCAGGUGAUCCCUCUCGAAUCCGGCCUCUGUCCUACCUCCGAGAAGAUUAUUUACCUCAGAGUCACCAAUCGCCUCCUGCUCGUCGUCGCUCCUUCUCACUUGGAGCUCUGGAGCUCUUCUCAGCACAAAGUGAGACUGGGGAAGUACAAGAGGGAUUCAGAUUCGAUUCAAAGAGAAGGAGAGAACAUGCAAGCUGUCUGGAGUCCAGAUGCCAAGUUGAUUGCCGUUCUUACCUCUUGCUCCUAUCUUCACGUUUUUAAGGUCCACUUCACUGAAAAAAGUUUACAUAUUGGAGGAAAGCAACCGUCUGGCUUGUUUCUUGCAACUAUUUCUCUACUUCUCAGAGAGCAGGUUCCAUUUUCUGAUGCGCAAGUAGCAACGAGCAAUAUUGCUUGCGACAGCAAACACUUACUAUUUGGACUAUCAGAUGGAUCUUUAUAUAACAUUUCCUGGAAGGGGGAGUUCUGUGGGGCCUUUCGACUUAACUUCCACUGUCAAGAGGGAAAUGAAGCAACUAAAUUAUUAUAUUCUCGAGAGAAUGGUCUUGCUUCUGAAGGGGUUGAUGGAGCUUUCAUGCCCAGUCUUUAUUCAUCUCAAAGGUCUGCAAUUGUCCAACUGGAGUUCUCUCUGUCCUUGCGGUUGCUAUGUGUGGUAUUCUCAGAUGGGCAACUGGUCGUAUGUUCUGUAAGUAAGAAAGGUUUAAAGCAAGCUGGGUCAAUUAAAGCUGAAAAGUGGUUGGGGUCUGGUGAUGUUGCAUGUGCUUCCAUAGCUUCGGAGCAGCAAAUCCUUGCUGUUGGUACCAGAAGAGGUGUUGUUGAGCUAUAUGAUCUUGUAGAAUCAGUAUCACUCAUUCGUUCUGUGUCUUUGUAUGACUGGGGAUAUUCAGUGGAAGAUACUGGUCCUGUCAGUUGUAUUGCAUGGACUCCUGAUAAUUCUGCUUUUACAGUAGGGUGGAAGUUACGAGGACUUGCAGUUUGGUCUGUCUCUGGGUGUCGUCUGAUGUCUACUAUACGUCAAAUUGGUCUAAGUUCUGUGUCUUCUCCAGUGGUUAAGCCAAAUCAGGAUUGCAAAUUUGAACCUAUGAUGGGUGGCACCUCUCUCAUGCACUGGGAUGAAUAUGGAUAUAGGCUUUAUGCUGUUGAGGAACGAUCAUCGGAGCGAAUCAUUGCAUUUUCUUUUGGAAAAUGUUGCCUUAAUAGAGGAGUUUCAGGCACUACUUAUACCCGUCAAGUUAUCUAUGGUGAAGAUCGACUGCUUAUUGUGCAGUCUGAAGAUACUGAUGAGCUGAAGAUUUUGCAUCUUCACCUUCCAGUUUCUUAUAUGUCACAAAACUGGCCAGUUUUGCACGUCGCAGCUAGCAAGGAUGGGAUGUACUUGGCUGUGGCUGGCCUUCAUGGUUUGAUACUGUAUGAUGUACGAAUGAAGAAGUGGAGAGUGUUUGGUGAUAUAACCCAGGAACAGAAGAUUCAGUGCAAAGGCUUGUUAUGGCUUGGGAAAAUUGUUGUUGUCUGCAACUAUAUUGAUUCUUCCAACAUGUAUGAAUUGCUUUUCUACCCUAGAUAUCACCUAGACCAGAGCUCAUUACUUUGUAAGAAACCACUGCUUGCGAAGCCAAUGGUGAUGGAUGUAUAUCAAGAUUAUCUGCUCGUUACUUAUCGCCCGUUUGAUGUCCACAUAUUACAUGUGAAGAUAUCUGGUGAAUUGACACCUUCUAGCACUCCAGAUUUGCAGCUUUCUACAGUACGGGAGCUCUCUAUCAUGACUGCAAAGAGCCAUCCUACUGCAAUGCGAUUUAUCCCUGAUCAGCUUUCAAGAGAGCAUGCUUCAAAAAAUCUUAUCUCAACUUCUUCUGAUAUGUUAGGAAAAGAGCCUGUGAGGUGUUUGAUAUUGAGGGUGAAUGGGGAACUUUCACUGCUUGAUUUGGAUGAUGGGCGGGAAAGAGAGCUGACUGACUCUGUUGAAUUGUUUUGGGUGACCUGUGGUCAAUCAGAGGAGAAGACAAACUUGAUUGAAGAGGUUUCCUGGUUAGAUUAUGGCCACAGAGGGAUGCAGGUUUGGUAUCCGUCUCCAGGUGUUGACCCUUUCAAACAGGAAGAUUUUUUGCAGUUGGACCCUGAAUUGGAAUUUGACCGUGAGGUAUACCCUCUCGGUCUUCUUCCAAAUGCCGGAGUCGUCGUUGGUGUUUCCCAGAGGAUGUCGUUUUCAGCUUGCACAGAGUUCCCCUGUUUUGAACCAUCUCCGCAGGCUCAAACUAUAUUGCAUUGCCUACUCAGACACCUUCUUCAGAGGGACAAGAGUGAGGAAGCUCUGCGUUUAGCAGUACUAUCAGCUGAGAAGCCUCAUUUUUCUCAUUGCCUGGAGUGGCUUCUUUUUACAGUAUUUGAUGCAGAGAUUUCCAGGCAGAGUGCAAAUAAAAACCAAAUCUCACUCCCCAUGCGUGCUGCUAAGUUCUCUCUUUUGGAGAAGACCUGCGGUUUAAUUAAAAACUUUCCAGAGUAUUUUGAUGUGGUUGUUAGCGUUGCAAGAAAAACUGAUGGCCGACAUUGGGCAGAUUUAUUUUCUGCUGCCGGAAGAUCAACAGAGUUGUUUGAGGAGUGCUUCCAGCGAAGGUGGUACCGGACAGCGGCGUGCUAUAUACUUGUGAUUGCUAAACUUGAGGGUCCCGCUGUUAGCCAAUACUGUGCUUUACGUUUAUUGCAGGCAACACUGGAUGAAUCUUUAUAUGAACUUGCUGGGGAGCUGGUGAGGUUUCUGCUCAGAUCUGGAAGGGAGUAUGAACCUUCAAGUACGGAUUCAGAGAGACUAUCACCCAGAUUCUUGGGAUAUUUUAUUUUGCCUUCUAGUUACAGGAGGCAAUCUUUUGACUCCAAAAGUCCAUCAUUCAAAGAGCAGAAUGCACAUGUUGCUUCUGUUAAGAACAUCCUAGAAAGCCAUGCCAGCUAUUUAAUGUCGGGAAAAGAACUUUCCAAGCUUGUUGCUUUUGUGAAAGGCACUCAAUUUGAUCUAGUGGAAUAUCUCCAAAGGGAAAGGUAUGGAAGUGCUCGCUUGGAGAAUUUUGCUUCAGGGCUUGAAUUGAUUGGGCAAAAGCUUCAAAUGGGUACACUACAGAGCCGCUUGGAUGCAGAAUUCCUUUUGGCUCAUAUGUGCUCUGUCAAGUUCAAAGAGUGGAUAGUUGUCCUGGCCACUCUUUUACGGCGUUCGGAGGUUCUUUUUGAUUUAUUCCGGCAUGAUAUGCGGCUGUGGAAAGCAUAUAAUGUCACUCUUCAGUCGCAUCAGGCAUUUGCUGAGUAUCAUGAUUUGCUUGGAGCUUUGGAAGAAAAACUUUCUUCUUGCGAAACGACUUAGCUCUUCUCAACAAGACAUUUCCUCGCAGAUUUAAAAAGAUUUUACAGGAAUCAUUUUCGGAAGGAAUGGUGAUUCAUUUUGUUCUUCUGAGCACGGUCUUUUUGGGUAUAUGUAACUGGUGCGUUGGAGAAGUGCUCAAGUCACGCAGAAGUGCUCUUUGUAGAUAAGGCAGUUGAAAUUCCAAGUUGGAGGCCCACUCGUUGUUUCCAUUUAGUAGUGGUUUCUCUAACGUGUAUUAUUUUUCCCUCCAUGUAGCAUGAAGGCAGAACGAAUAAUACCCCAACACGCAGUUUGUGGAUGAAUGGUUUUGCAGUUGUAUGCAGGCUGGGCCCGGGAUCUUGUUUAUUUGUGCAUAAUUUUAUGCAAUAACACCAACAGAAAUGAGCGCAUCUCUCUCUCUCUGGACAAUCCU